UCAGCUGAUCGACAUCGACCCAAGCCUGAGAGGGGUUGGGUGUGUCACUUCGGAAAGCCAUCCCUACCCCUCUUGCUUGCCUUUUUCUGUUAUUUUGGGAGUGUUUUAAGUGCUUUUGUGACCUGCUGUGAGGACUGGACGACUGAUUCUAUCAAAUAGUCAAGAUGUCGUCGGUUAAGGUGGCAGUGAGGGUGCGGCCCUUCAACAACCGCGAGAUCUCACGCGAGUCCAAAUGCAUCAUUGAGAUGGCCGGCAACACCACCAGUAUUGUGAACCCCAAAGCCCCGCCCGGAAGUAAGGACGCCACCAAGAGCUUCAACUAUGACUACUCCUAUUGGUCACACAACCCUGCAGAUCCCAACUUUGCCACACAAUCUGAUGUUAUGCGGGACAUAGGCAUAGAAAUGUUAGACCAUGCAUUUGCAGGUUAUAAUGUGUGUAUCUUUGCAUACGGCCAGACUGGGGCUGGCAAGUCCUACACAAUGAUGGGCAAGCAGGAGGAAGGACAUGAGGGUAUUAUUCCUCUCAUUUGUAAAGACAUGUUCAAAAAGAUUGCAAAUUGUACAGAUGAUGAACUGCAGUACUCAGUAGAGGUGAGCUACAUGGAGAUCUACUGUGAACGUGUACGAGACUUACUCAACCCCAAGACGCAGAACCUCCGAGUCCGUGAGCACCCCCUUCUUGGACCCUAUGUAGAAGACUUAGCCAAGCUUGCCGUCACAACCUUCGAUGACAUCAACAAUCUCAUUGAUGAGGGCAACAAAGCAAGGACUGUUGCUGCCACUAACAUGAAUGAGACAUCUUCUCGCUCCCAUGCUGUAUUCACCAUGGUCUUAACACAGCGACGCAAUGACAGCACAACCAAACUCACAACAGAACGUGUUUCUAAGAUUUCCCUAGUAGAUCUGGCUGGUUCAGAGCGUGCAGAUUCCACUGGAGCCAAGGGGACGCGCCUCAAAGAGGGUGCCAACAUCAACAAAUCCCUGACAACACUCGGAAAAGUUAUCUCAGCUCUUGCAGAAGUCGUCGGUAAGACUUCAAAACCUAACAAGAAGAGGAAAGCAGAAUUUAUUCCUUACCGUGACUCUGUGCUAACAUGGCUGCUGCGAGAGAACCUAGGAGGCAACAGCAAAACAGCUAUGGUGGCUGCAAUAUCCCCAGCUGACAUCAAUUAUGAUGAAACCCUUUCAACUCUAAGGUAUGCAGAUCGGGAGUUAAAGGAGGAGAUUCAGCGUCUCCGUGAGCUGCUGAAACAAGAAGGCAUCGAGGUGCAGGAAGCGGGCACGGAGGGUGAAAAGGUCAUCUACAACAAUGAAAACCGCCCCGCUGACUUGGGGCCAUGCCAAGAGAUUACCAAGGUCAUGAAUAGCAACAAUGGCAAGGAAACUCCCCAGAUCACGUCACCUGUGUCUACUGUUGCUGAUAUGGCUGUGGACCAGUUGCAGGCCAAUGAGAAGCUUAUUGCAGAACUGAAUGAGACAUGGGAAGAGAAACUGAAACGUACAGAAAGCAUACGUCUUCAAAGAGAGGCUGUAUUUGCUGAAAUGGGUGUAGCACUGAAGGAAGAUGGAAACACUGUUGGCAUCUUCUCUCCAAAGAAGACCCCUCACUUGGUGAAUCUCAAUGAAGAUCCGUCAAUGUCAGAGUGUUUACUGUACUACAUUAAGGAUGGCUUCACCAAAGUUGGUUCUGCUGAAUCAAACAUUCCGCAGGAUAUACAGCUCUAUGGUGCUCACAUAAUGCCAGAACACUGUCAGUUUGAGAACAAUGAAGGUGUUGUGUUGAUACACCCUUGCCCUAAAGCGAUGUCAUAUGUCAACGGUCGUGAGGUAGUGGAGCCCACUGUUUUGAAAACAGGCUCUCGUGUCAUUCUUGGCAAAAAUCAUGUGUUUAGGUUCAAUCACCCAGAGCAAGCCCGUGAACGCCGAGAAACAAAAUCCCCAGCAGAGACACCAGGUUCAGGUGAGCCUGCAGAUUGGCAGUUUGCCCAGAUUGAGCUCUUGGAGAAGCAAGGCAUUGACCUAAAGGAGGAGAUGCAGAAACGACUGGUGGCUAUUGAAGAACAGUUCCAGCGUGAGAAGGAAGAGGCACAAAAAGAAUUUGACAAGGAGAGAAAGAACUACGAGGCCCGAAUCGAUGCCCUCCAGAAGCAAGUGGAGGAGCAGAGCAUGACCAUGUCCAUGUACUCAUCUUACACACCAGACGACUUCACCCACGAAGACGACAUCUUUGUAAACCCCUUGUUUGACGCAGAGUGCAACUGGACGGAACGGGAGUAUGCCUUGGCCUCUUGGGCCUUCCGCAAGUGGAAGUACCACCAGUUCACCUCCCUCCGAGACGAUCUAUGGGGCAACGCUAUUUUCCUCAAGGAAGCCAAUGCCAUCUCGGUUGAGCUCAAGAAGAAGGUUCAGUUUCAGUUCACCUUGUUAACUGACACACUGUACUCUCCACUGCCUCCUGACUUCCUUCCACUGCUCCGCCCAACUCCACGCACGAUUGUUGCAGUUGAGGUUCAAGACACAAAGAAUGGAGCCACACACUACUGGACACUAGAAAAAUUAAGACAUCGUUUGGAGUUGAUGCGUCAGAUCUACAACUCUGACGUGAGUCCAUGCUCUCUGUCACCCUCCCCACCACCGGAGCGACAAGGGGAAGAGGAGUUGCAAACCUGCAUUCCAGCGUGUAACCAGGCCAGACUCUCCCUGUCCCAGCUGCUGCCUGCCAGGCUCAUCAAUACCCGCAUACAACGGCUUGAAUUGAUGAGAGAGAUGUAUCACAAUGAAGCAGAACUUUCACCUACCUCACCAGACUACAACAUUGAAAACCUAACUGGAGGAGACCCAUUCUAUGACCGCUUCCCUUGGUUCAGGCUGGUGGGCAGGGGUUUCCUGUAUUUGAGUAACCUCCUGUACCCUGUGCCAUUGGUACAUCGUGUUGCUAUUGUUAAUGAACGAGGUGAUGUUAAGGGAUAUUUGAAGGUUGCUGUGCAGGCAGUUGUAGCUGAAGAAGAUGCUGUGGAAACGACACAACCAGCGGGCGUGCGGCAAAGUGCUCGCAUAUCUUUCAAUGACGGAUCAUUCAAGAGACCGCGAACAAAACGGGGAUCGCUCUCAGCUCAGGUACUUGAGAAAAAUACAGCUGCAGCUGCUGAAGAAGAACGUAUAGUUGAGGGUCAGGUUGCUCCGGGAGACACCAUAAAGAUCGAAGAUGAGGUGUGUGAAGUAGACAGUGGUAGAGGCGACAGCAGUGUCAGUUCUUGCGAAAGCUUAAAAGAUGAAGACCUUCCACCUCACUUGCGCAUUGGCCAAGAGUUUACUUUCCGUGUGACUGUGCUUCAGGCCUUUGAUGUGUCAACAGAGUAUGCAGACAUUUUCUGCCAGUUCAACUUUUUGCACCGCCAUGAUGAGGCCUUCUCUACAGAGCCCAUCAAGAACACUGGUAAAGGACCUCCACUUGGAUUUUAUCAUGUGCAGAAUAUUACUGUGACAGUAACACGAGCCUUCCUGGAAUACAUCAAAACCCAACCCAUUGUGUUUGAAGUCUUUGGCCAUUACCAACAGCACCCUCUCCAUCGAGAUGCUCGGCAAGAUGCCACGCAUUUCUUACCCCCUGGCCUGGUCCCUCCCGGCAGCUCCAGAGGCCCUCCGAAGAGGAUGCAGCCACCUGCCAUCCCCAUCAGCCAGCCUGUGCGCUCACCCAAGUUUGGCGUCGUGCAGAGCCCAUCUACCUCCCACGUGCAUGCGAGACAUGACCUCCUCGUGUGGUUCGAGAUCUGCGAGCUAGCACCGAAUGGAGAGUACGUCCCAGCAGUGGUAGAGCAUGGAGACGACCUUCCUUGUAGGGGACUUUUCCUCCUACAUCAGGGUAUCCAACGUCGCAUCCGAAUCACCAUUGUGCACGAAAACUCUCCAGACCUGAUCUGGCGAGAUGUUCGAGAAUUGGUUGUGGGUCGCAUACGCACAACCCCAGAGAGCGAGGAUGAUGACAAUGAUACCUCAGUAUUAUCUCUGGGUUUGUUCCCUGGAGAAUACCUAGAAUACCCUGGGGAGGAUCGCACUCUCUUCCGCUUUGAGGCUGCCUGGGAUUCAUCACUCCAUAAUUCCGUCUUGUUGAAUCGUGUUACACCACAUGGAGAGCAUGUCUACAUGACUAUAUCAGCAUACCUUGAGUUGGAAAACAAUGCCCAACCAGCCAUAAUCACAAAGGACCUGUGCAUGGUUGUAUAUGGUCGUGACUCUCGAACCAUCCCCCGGUCUCUGCGUCACUUAUUCAGUGGAUCCUAUAAGAAUGCUGAAGCAAACAGGAUCUGCGGAGUUUAUGAGACUGUGCUGAAGCGCGCAGCUGAAGCAGGUAGCCCAGGCUUACAGCGACGACAGCGACGGGUCCUGGACACAAGCUCCACGUAUGUCCGCGGCGAAGAGAACCUGCAUGGUUGGAGGCCACGCGGAGAUUCCCUUAUCUUUGAACACCAGUGGGAGCUUGAGAAGAUCACACGCUUGACUCAGGUGGAGCGCACACGACACUCCCUCCUCCUGCGGGAAAAACUUGGUCUCGGAAAAACUCCCAUCCCUUAUAGCCAUCACCAUGACUACACCAAGAGUGAAAAGGAGGUGGCUAAUCAAGCAGCCAAGGCCGGUUGCGAUGCGCGUGCUGUAUUGGCACGUUGUUCCUCCAGAGACUUGCCCUCAACAGACUCUGAAAACAUGAGCGAAGCAGAGAAGGAUACAGCAUCCAAAUUCAUUAGGCUCAUGCAGGGCCGAUCCGCACAGACACAUGCUAAGCAAGGAACUCCAGCACAGACACCUAAUGAUGAGCAAGAUGCCCUCACUACCUCGGUCACCUCUUCCUGCUCUUCCACAACCUCCACAGAACUGGCCUCUCCUGAGCGGCCUCGAGCACCAGUUCCAGACCUCCAUAUCUCCCUUGGGGGAUCAGCUGUUGUGCCCCCAGGCUCUCCCCUGGCCAGUCCUGGGGACUCACAGGGUUCAUCUCCCCUGGUGGAACGCCGACCAAUGCCACUCUUCGUGCCAGAAGUUGAGGAAAUCCGUAUAUCUCCUGUGGUCAGUCGGAAGGGCUAUCUUAAUGUCUUAGAUGACCGCACCAACAACUGGAUCAAAAGAUGGGUGGUGGUAAGGCGACCUUACGUCUUUAUCUUCCGAGAUGAGCGUGACCCAGUGGAGCGUGGCUUGAUCAAUCUUGCCACGGCUCAGAUUGAGUAUUCUGAGGACCAACAGGCCAUGGUGCGAGUGCGCAACUCCUUCAGUGUGGUGACAAAACAGCGAGGCUUCCUUCUGCAGACGCUCGGGGACAAAGAAGUGCAUGACUGGCUCUAUGCUAUCAAUCCACUCCUGGCUGGGCAGAUCAGAUCAAAGCUUGGUCGCCGCAGCCGUCACACGUCUGGAGGAAGCCACCCCAAUACACUCUCUGUACCUACAAAGUGAGACAUGGACAAUCCCAGGUAUAAGCAAAGCCUCAGCCACUGACUUCUUCAUCAGUCUCUGACCUCUUCAACAACCUAAUCUUUUCAUGAGCCUCCUGAUACAUUGGUCACAGUAUCAACCCUGCUGUUGGAAAUAUCAGUGUAUUAUCUGUUUGUGUAAAAAAAAUUAUUAUUAUUAUGAUAAUAAAGAGGGUAUUACAGCAUUUAUACAGAGCUCCAUAGACUGGAGUUAGUUCCUUCCUUGUAUAUUAUAGGGACAAUACAAUCUGGUUAUCAUGUUUCAUUAACAUUUAAGAGAUACAUAAUGAGGAGGUCCUCUCAUCAGACCCUCCCACCUGACUGGUCUUUUCUUCAGAAACUUUCCCUUAAAGUAUGUAGUAGGAGCCAAUGAAUGUCAUAAUUGCAUAUACAUUAUGAGAGGUAGAAUGUUUUCUGGAAUAGUGUGAAAUGAUCUGGUAACAGUUGCACGGUUCUGUUCUCUAGUCCCUAAGAUGACAAUACUUUAUAAAGAAUGAUUGAGCUUGCAGACACCAUUGCAUCCAACCAUUUACUCUUGCAGUGUCUGCUGUGUUCCUUCCAAAUGUUCAGCAUACCAGGGUGGACAGUUAUUUCACUAACCCAGUUGUAUGUCCCAUGUGCUUGCCUGUUGCUUCUUAUUGUACACGGGCUCUACCAGCAUCACCCUUAAUUGUGGUCAUUACUAAUUAUAGUAGACUCAUUAGCAUUGCAAGAUAUAUCAUGAAGUUUAAUAAUUUAAGGUGUGACAAACCUUAUUUUAUGUUACUUGUGUAUAUGUUCAUAAAAAAGGAAAAAAAAAUCACAAGUGGAGUGAAAUGCAGCUUACCAACAAAUAUAUGGGAGCCAAUAGUCCUGUUGCUCACUAGUGACAAUUUCUGAAGGGGACUGAAUCUGUGUGCUCAUCACUCUCAUGAGACCUGCUAUUUGCUGUAUAUUUUUGUCUUAUAGAGGUUUAUGUAUGACAUACUUUUCUUCCAUAUAGGAGUUUUUGUAUGUCAUAGACAGUUUCCUUUUAGGAGCUGCUGUAUGCCUUAUUCACCUUAAUGCUAGAGUUGCUCUGACAUACAGUUUCCCUGUAGGACUAUCUGUAAAAUGUAUACAUCUUAAAUGAUUUGCAUUACACUAUACCAAUCUUGUCAAAGUGAACCUAUGGUGUUUGCAUAUCCAUGAUAAGAGCAUAUGUUUCCUGAAUGUAUCUUCCUCUACUGAAUUCUUGUAACAAUGAUAAGCGUUACUUUAUUAUGAUGCAGAUGUGGUAGAAGAUUUACCGAGGGUAGUCCGCAAGCAAGACGGGAACUGAUAUAUCCCUCUUAAGAUGAUUCUCAUGUAUAUGUCAGAAUUUCAACCUCAAUAUAGUUUGAGAUAUUACACUGAAAAUAAAUACAUUCCAAGGAGGUAGACUUA